GCUGCGCGGGGGUGCCGGGCCCGUGGGUCCGGCCCGUGGGUCCGUGUAACCGGGUGUGUGUGCGUUUCCCCUGCAGAGGAGCUGAAGGAGUACUUCUCCCAGUUCGGGUCCGUGCAGAGGUGCCAGCUGCCGUUUGACAAAGAUACAGGCUUUCACAAACGUUACUGCUGGAUUAAAUUCUCGACUCCACAAGAUGUUCAGAAUGUAUUUCAGAAGGACUCCCACAUACUUGAGGGUGCCAAGCUCACUCUCAAACAGCAGCUCGGGAGAAGACGAAGUCAGAGACAGAAUCAAAGUGAGUGAGUGGUGGAAGGAGGCUUUAUUUCACUAAAUGUAAAGAAACUAAAAUAAAGACUACUUGAGAAACUAUGAAUGAGUAUUUGUUUUAAAACAGAAUCCAGCUGUUUCCCCUCCUUGUUCAAAUAAACUAUAUAGCCAUACUAAAGAAACACUGACCCAUAAACUCCCUAGCAUCCAUUACAGCAUUAAGACAGUAAUUAUGUACAGCAGGAAAGCUUUUAACAGAUGAAUAAAAGCUUUAGCUACCUACAAAAACUAAAGCUGUAGGAAGGGGCUACAUUCUUACCCUGAGAUGUUGGGCAACAGGGAAUCAGCAAAGUCAGAGUACUGGCUAAAGAAUUCCCUUCUGAAAUGUUUCAAAGUGGUCUCCAUUCCUCCACUCUCCAGGGGUAGCUGUCCUAUGUAGAAGAAUUAGUGUGUGCAUAUAUAUCCACACGACAAGAGUUGUGAACUGCUGGGUUACAAUGCCAUCCCCCUAUACACCUCUGAUAUUAAAAAUGCCUUUUGCAUGAAGUCCAAGCUUGGAGUCCAUUUCUCUACCUCUCAAGG